AUGUCCUAUAAAUCUCUGUCCGUUCCCCAUGCUAUCUCUACAACUCGCGCAGCCUUGCUUCCAAACACACCCAGCAAGGAAAGAACGCCCCCGUCGGAACAUCUUUAUGUGGCAACUGUUCCUAGUCCAGCUAUUUCCGAUGUUUCUUUAUCUGACUCUGAGCAUACUUCUCAAGUUGACUUGGUGUCCAAUUUGACGCAACCGAGAUACUCUACGACCGCCACUUCAUCGUAUGAGAGUCAAGUACCCACCACUGCAGAUCUACACGGUUUCACGCAUUCAACUGAUGAUCUCAAGCAUUACAUACCUGAGACCGAUGGGAAACAUGUAUUCUCGUUGACUUCUUACGGCAACCAGGAGCAACAAGCUUUGAAUACCCUUGAACCAUCUACUUUGGAAUCUUGGUCGGACCCUGAACCGGCUUCGCUUUCUUUGCCAAUGCCCAUACUGUACAGUAAGAUGACUGGGGGUCCUGGAACUGUAGUGUUUUGGGGCAAAGAAGGCUCGCAAGGCAGCUUAUCAGAUACGGGGCUACCUCAUACAGUUGGGUUGGAUGACGGGGUCUGGGGAAGCGUAUUUAUAUCCAAACAGCAUUGA